AUGGGACCUCCCGUGACCCGGUCUCAGUCAACCGAAUCUAGGGCCGUGGUUGCCCUGACACCAAGACCAGAUUCCGACUGGCCAGCUUCCGCUAACCUGGCUGGAGCGUUAGCCGAUCUAAAUGACAGAGCUACGGUUCGAGGAAGAGACGCCAAGAACCUUCGGUAUGCCACGGUACUGGCCAUAGGAGAAGUUCGGGAGGAAGCCAGGGCGGGGGCAACAAGGCUCGCCCAAACAAUUAACGAGGGCAAUUCGGGCUUGCUUUCGGAUCUUAAUAAUUCGUUCGCUGCUGUAGGUGAGCGCAUUGAUUCUCUACCAUUAGUGGCUACGGUGAACCCGGACGGGCCCCUACCACGCAUAGUCCCCUUUUCUGGAUCUGGAGAAGAUCCACUCCAAUUUUCACUGUGGCUAAGGCGCCUAGAGGAUAUAAUGCGCAUGAGGUCUACCACAUGGACGUCCCAGCAGAAGGCAUUUUUCCUUACGGGAUUCUUGGAUGGUUUAGCAAGGGGAAAGGCUGAGGAACUCACGGACGAUGAGCGUGAGGAGUACUCUUCGGUAGUCGCGCAUCUGAAAAAGUCUUUUGAAGGUCCUCAGCAUCGGUAUAUGGCCCGUCAAGCCCUAUCUUCCUGCCAGCAACAGACGGGAGAAUCAGCAUCCACCUUCGCCAAUAAACUUUUGUUGCUGGUUCGGGCAGCUACCUACGGUCAGGACCCGGCUAGUCAGAAGGAUGGGGUGCUUGAGGAGUUUGUAGCGAGGUUGCGUCCCGACAUUCGCUAUUACGUAAAGCUUGACAACCCGUCAACAUUUGAGCAAGCUGUGGCGAAAGCCCAAAUGGUCGAGCAACUGUUAGCUGAGGCCACUGCCGACCGUCUCAUCAGGCCCUCGCUACCAACCCAAGCGAUAGAGGUAAAGGCGGCGGCACCCCCGCAGCAAAGUUCCAGGAAUUAUGAAAGGCGCAGAAGCCCAUUUAACCGUGGGCAGGCGCACUUUAGUCAACAACCAAGAGGGCGAUUGCCCACGCGUCCUGUGAGGGCGGAAGCAACGACUAAUUGUUUUAACUGUGGAGGUGUUGGUCUUUUUUCUCGCCAGUGCCCGUCUCCUCGAGUUACACGCCGAGCGCCAGGUAAAUCUUCUUUUCGCAGUUUGUCGAACGACGGCAAUUUUUCUCGUUUUUCACCCCGUGAUGGUAUUCCCCCUUCUCGUUAUGAUAGGGAUAGAGAGCUUUCGCAGGCUCGCGAUCAGAUCAGAGCUCUCUCGAUUUCUCUGCAAGAAAACCAGUCUGCAUUGGAAAGAUCUGACGCUAGGGUCAAUGCCCUAGUAAAGCGCAAGAGGAGUUAG